CGGAAAAGAGUCGACGACGGUGUUGCAACUGCUGGAUCAUCAGGUGGAAAAGAUUAGGCCUUGAGCGAGAAUGCUGCAAGAUCAUACUGAAAAUGAAUUCGUACGAGAAAUUCGAUUCAAUAGUGUAUCUUGAAGUCAAUCAGGCCUAUGGAAUUUAUCGAGAAGAUUCAAACCUCACACAUGUACGGUGUAGGAUUUUAGCUAUCGCAAUUAGUUUACUUUGUUUGGUAGCGGUUGUUGUACCUUUAUAUUUAUUAAGUAACACUUGGGGCUCUACUUCUGUACAAGCCUCUGAACCGAUAGUCUCCCAAUUUGAUAAUUCACUCAUUAUCCCUGAAAAAACUAUUCGACACAGUGCUAGUCCUUGUCAUUCGCCAGCUUUCUUAUUAGCUAUCAUUCACUCCGCUAUUGGCAACUUCGAUUAUCGUCAAGGAAUUCGUCAAUCGUGGGGCAAUAAGAAAUUAUUUAACACGCCUGAUAGGCCUCAUUUAUGGAGGGCAUUAUUCGUUAUUGGUAAAACACAAAAUGAGACAAUCAAUGCUAAAAUCGAGCAAGAAUCGCGAUUAUAUGGUGAUAUCAUUCUUGGAGAAUUCAUCGAUAGCUAUCAAAAUUUAACUUAUAAAACUUUAUUGGGUAUGAAAUGGGCUUAUACAUAUUGUAAGCCACGAUUUAUAUUAAAAGUAGAUGAUGAUGUCUUUGUCAACACAUUUUUGUUAUAUAAUGAAUUAUUGAAAUCAAAAGACACGCACGAUUUCUAUACUGGAUACGGACAUAUCAAUGCUCGUCCGUUUCGCAACAAGCUUCAUAAAUGGUAUGUGUCCUAUCAAGAUUAUGAACAGGAAUAUUUUCCAGAUUACUGUUUUGGCGGUGGUUAUGUAUUGUCAGGAGAUAUGCUUGGAAAGAUAUUAAGUGUUGAGCCUAGUGUCAAAAAAUGUAAUUUGGAAGACGUUUACACUGGUAUGCUAGUCAAGAAGGUAAAAGGUAAAAUUGCUCACGAUAAUAGAUUUGAAAGUUAUUAUAGUUUUUAUCGAUUUUGGUUACUAUCACGACCCUGUAAUUAUAAGGCGAUCAUGUUACAGCAUGGAAUACCACAACCUGGAUAUCAUGCGCAUUUAACUGCCAUUGCAAAAAAUAGUUACAAUUCAAAGCAUUGUCAGUGCUUGCCUUUAAGCCGUUUAUGUUAUCAGUCUAAUUCUUGGCUUUCUAUAUGUCUUUAUUUUGUGGUAUUUUGUAUGAUUGGCGUAUUAUCGCAUCGUUUAUUGAUGAAAAUUACAGCUGUUCGAUUGGCUUACGUAGCAAUGAUGAGUUUUAUAACAGAUACAAUGUCACGAGGUCUCUUAAUUGCCAAAUCUUUAUCCGAUACACCAAAGCAAUAA